AUGCCCAAAAUAUUAUCCCUCCUUACCCCGUCCGCCGCCUCCUCCCUUCGCCCUCCCAUCCUCCGGCGAGUACCCACCACCCGUCUCCUCCCCAGGCGCACGUCCGCCACGAUGGCCGGCGCGGAGGUCUCAGGCGAGAUCUUCGAUCUGCAGAACUACCCUACGCCGCUUUCUCCGCCGUGCCCGGCGAUCUCCAAGGAGGUGGAGCUGCGGAGGGCCAUGUCGGCGGCCUCGAGGUCAUCUUUCUUUGUCCUCACCGGGGACGACAUCGUGUUCGAGGACGAGUGGCUAGCGGUGGUCAACAAGCCCUCCGGCGUCUACUGUGAGGCUCUUCUCUCCUCCUAUUCUGCUCUCGCGCCCCCCUCCUCUCCUACAACUUCCGGUGAGAGUACUCUCCCGGCUCCGCAGGCGGAGCUCCACCUGGCCAACAGGCUCGACAGGGACACCAGCGGGCUGAUGAUCAUAACCAAGUCCCAUAGAGCGGCGGCGAAGCUCGUGGAAGCCUUCACGGAGCACAGAGUGAAGAAGACGUACCUCGCGCUCUGCAUUGGGAGGGCGCCGGUAUGGGGCCGGAUCCGCAUCAGCUCCGGCCACGGGAGGUCGAGAUUCGGUGCUUGGCGGGUCUACUCCACCGCCGACGUGGGCAGGACGCUGCCGGGAGGAUCCCGCGUGAAGCACAUGGCCACCUCCUUCGAACUGCUGGCGUUGGACGGGAGAGAGGUGCGGGCAGAGCGGGCGGAGGAAACCGUAGCGGCGGUGGAGAAGGCGGUGGCGGAGGCGGAGGAGGGCGGGGAGGAGCCUGGAGAGAUCUUGGUGAGGGCCCUCCCGGAGAGCGGGAGGACGCAUCAGAUCCGAUUGCACUGUCAGUACCUGGCAAUGCCCAUCAAAGGGGACGUCAAGUACGGCGGGGUCCAUGAAUGGGAAGGGGAGGAGUGCGACUUCCACGCCCUCCAUGCCGAGAGCCUCAUGUUCGAGCACCCUGUCACCGGCCUCCCUCUCCAAUUUCAAUCUCCCCUUCCGCCGUGGGCGAGGGAGGCCUCGCGUGGCGUGCUAUGA